AUGAACAUGGGUGUGCUUAUGACUGAGGAUUCUCUGGCAACAGAUGAUUUUCUUGUGGACUACUUUAAUGAAUUCCUAAGCCUUUCAACCUUUUCAGAGGCAAUUAGAUUUAAUGCAGAGUAUGGAGUUUUUGAAGUAGUUAACAAUGCUCCACAGCUUCUGGAAAAACAUCUGAAAAAGAUUCUACAAAGCCAGAAACCUCGAAAUCCCAUCUAUGAUGUGGUAAGGAAGGGAAAGAGUGAUGCUAAACUUGCUCAAAUGAAUGCCUCCUUGGAAGAUGAGACCAUUAAUGUCACCUAUAAUAUUAUGUGUCUUAGUCGUGAACAAGGUAUUCAGUGGGUCAAAAAAGAAAGACUUCCAGCAUUUCUGGAAAGUGAUUGCUACUUUGAAUAUAGGUUAGCCAAAUUGGUCUCACAAGUAAGAUGGAGCAGAUCAGGCAUGAAUAUCACACUAGAUACGGAUUUUUAUCCCUGGGUCCAGCAAAAACCACUCAGUUUACCACCUCCUCCCAUUGAAGAAGAAAAUGUAAUAAUUAUGAAAAAGUUCUACAUUUCUCUUGGCGAGGCUUCCUAUACUCAAACAAAAGAUUGGUUUACGUUAGCAAAACAAAGUCAGCAAACAGUAUCAACCUUCUCAUUACCCUGUUGUGUGUUCAACAAUAGAAUUGAAUCGCCAGUUCUUUCAUCUGUUUCUGAGAGUUUUAUCUUUGAUGAUGGAGUUCACCCCAGGACCAAAAAAGACCCAUCUAAAACUGCUGGAGUAAUUUCUGAAUUUGAAGAAGGGUCUAUAGCUCUACAUGACACUCCUUCUCAAGCCCUUCUGCGAGUAUACCUUGAAAUGCGAGAGGAUGCUGAUGAAAGCCUGACCGUGCAUUUUCCAACAUGUGAAGCAUUUUUAAGGUCUUACAUAACCUUCAUUUUGAGAGCCGCAAUUCAGCAAAUUAAUGGAGAGCCACUUGGAGAAAGCUCAGAUUAUAUAAACUUCACCAAUGUAGCACAAGUAGUGUUUGACAAGUCUUUUGAGCCCGUCCCUGUGGAGAAUGCUUGUGUAGGUGAAACAGUUCAGACUACAAAGGAAAAGUCAGAAGAGAAUGUAGAACGAACAAGUUUAAGUUCAAAGAGUGAAAUCGGAUCAGAAAGCAGGGCUGACUGGUGUAUUUCCCACAGAACUUAUGACAUUGGCAAUAGAAAAGAGUUUGAAAGAUUUAAGAAAUUUAUAAAAGGUACAUUAGGAGAGAGAUAUUGGUGGCUAUGGAUGGAUAUUGAGAGGUUAAAAGUUCUUAAGGACUCUGAAAGACAUCAAAGACAUCUUGAGAAGAUGAAAAAAUGCUAUCUAGUGAGCAGUGGAGAUUGUUACCUUUCUUUAGAAAUCUUAUCAAAACUUAAACUGCUAGAUGGAUCUCAGUGGAAUGAAGAACAUUUAAAAAGUAUUCAGUCUGAGGUUGUAAGACCCUUGCUUCUGUAUUGGGCACCAAGAUUCUGUGUUACUCAUUCAGGAUCAACAAAAUAUGCUAGUGCUAAACUGAAAUUCUGGCACCUCCGUCAGGAGAAACCAAGGAAGGAUAUUGACCCUUUUCCACAAAUAGCAACCCUCUUGCCAUUAAGACCUAAAUCUUGCAUUCCACAGAUACCUGUGAUCCAGAGAGAGGUAUCGAGUUCAUUACAACCUCCUAAAUCUCCCAAGAAAUCACCUAGAGUGAAAACAGCAAUUCAAAAACCUUCUAAAAGUGAGCCUUGGUAUCCGGUUUCUUCUAAGGAUGAUGUGACUGAGAAAGGUGUAGCAAUGGAUAUUCUUGUACACUUGCUAUAUUUCCCUUAUAUUAGUAUGUACAUAGAAGCAGAUUAUACAGCCUUGCAACUGGAAGCACUUACUGAUAAAGGACAAAGUCUAUAUAGCAUUCAGUAUGCAUUACACUUGAAUGUUAAAACCACUUCAGAUGUUGGUGCCUUGGGAGGAUUUGACAUGGAAAAUUUGUUGCAGUCUUUGUAUGUAGAAAAUAGAGCUGGAUUUUUCUUUACUAAAUUCUGUGAGCAUUCAGGGAACAAGUUGUGGAAGAACAGUGUGUACUUUUGGUUUGAUCUACAGGCUUAUCAUCAACUUUUCUACCAAGAAACACUUCAGCCUUUUAAAGUAUGCAAACAAGCCCAAUAUCUUUUUGCCACUUACAUUGCUCCUUCAGCCACUCUUGACGUUGGACUCCAACAGGAAAAGAAGAAAGAAAUUUAUAUGAAAAUACAGCCACCAUUUGAAGACCUCUUUGACUCAGCUGAAGAAUAUAUCCUUCUUCUCCUUCUUGAGCCCUGGGCAAAGAUGGUGAAAACAGACCAAAUAGCUUAUAGAAAGGUGGAGCUGGUGGAAGAAACUCGACAGCUGGACUCCACAUACUUCAGAAAGCUUCAGGCUUUGCACAAAGAGACAUUUUCCAAGAAAGCUGGAGACACCACUUCUGAAGUUGGAAUUGGUAUUUCACCACUCCCUGAUGUCUGUAAACAAACAGAAUAUUGGAAUAAUGUUCCUGCAGAAUAUAGGCAUUUUCAUUUUAAUGAUCUGCUUAACAACAAGCUGGAGUUUGAACAUUUCUGUCAGUUUCUUGAGGCUCAUUCUUCAAGCAUGGACCUUAAGUGCUGGACAGACAUUGAGCAGUUCCAAAGAAUACCUUUCAGAGAUCGAAAUCAAAGAGAAGCAAAAUCUAUAUAUAUAAAAAACAAAUACUUAAAUAAAAAAUAUUUCUUUGGACCCAACAGUCCAGCUUCUUUAUAUCAACAGGACAAGAUAAUGCAGCUAAGUGGUGGAUGGGGAAAAAUUCUGCAUGAGCAACUUGAAGCACCUGUUCUACUUGAAAUUCAAAAGCAUGUCCGAAAUAGGCUAGAAAAUGUGUGGUUGCCAAUGUUCCUUGCAAGUGAACAAUUUGCAGCACGUCAAAAGAUAAAGGUACAGAUGAAAGAUAUAGCUGAAGAGCUCUUACUACAGAGACAUGAAAGGAAAAUCGGGGUCUGGAAGCCCGUAGAGAGUAAAUGGAUAUCUUCAUCUUGUGAAAUCAUUGCUUUCCGUAAAGCAUUAUUGAACCCAGUUACUGCAAGACAAUUUCAGCGUUUUGUGGCUCUAAAAGGAGAUUUAUUGGAAAAUGGAGUACUCUUUUGGCAGGAAGUACAAAAAUAUAAGGACCUGUGCCAUUCUCAUUGUGAUGAGUCCAUCAUCCAGAAGAAGAUCACAACUAUUAUCAACUGCUUUAUUAAUUCCAGUAUUCCCCCAUCUUUACAAAUAGACAUUCCAAUUGACCAAGCCCAGAAGAUUAUUGAACACAGGAAGGAGUUAGGACCAUAUGUGUUCAGAGAGGCACAGAUGACAAUUUUUGGGGUUCUGUUUAAAUUUUGGCCUCAGUUUUGUGAGUUUAGGAAGAACUUAACUGAUGAAAAAAUUAUGAGUGUUUUAGAGAGACGACAAGAAUAUAAGAAAAAGAAAUUUACAAUUGUGGAUGACGAAAAAUUUGUCAAGGAUGGAGCCAAACAACAUGGAUAUAUUUCAGGGACAGUGUCCAAAGCAGCCGCUUUGAUCAGUGAGUCACUUUUAGAUUUGCAAGCAUACGGCCGGCAGCCCACCUGGUGUUACUCAAAGUACAUAGAAGCCUUAGAACAAGAGAGAAUUCUUCUUAAAAUUCAAGAAGAGUUGGAGAAAAAGUUGUUUACAGGCACACCAUCUCUUACAAAUUUUAAAUCUAAUAUUUCAAGUAUGUCUUUGAAAAAAGCCAUGUCUUCCCACACCACCCAGAGUGAGUUGCUGGUGAUAGUAUAUCUUCAGUUCUUUCUUAUUGUUGGAGCUCUGACUCUUACCUGA